GCGCGUUUAGUGGGUACGCACAUCCAACGCACGAGAGAGUAAGUGAGAGGUGAGGUGACGAAGGCGAUCAUUGUGUGAAGCAUUGUCGUUAGGAGGAGAAUACGAACGAAUAGUGUGGUGAGUGGACGCCCCGCGCCGACACGGUGGUUGGAGUGGCUGCGUUGCGACGCUUGCUUGGCAUUACGCGUGCGCGUGGCUGAGGGGGUCGAUUUUUGUACAGGGUGCGAGUGCGCGGCUGACAGACGUGGUGGCAGGAGGCAGGUUGUAGUAGAAGCGGGUGCGUUCGACAGGAAGGAAGGGAGCCGCACAGUCGCUAUGGCGCCGCGGCAGCAGAAGAGCGGGAGUUCGGGUCCUGCCAUUGGGAUUGACCUGGGGACGACGUACAGCUGUGUGGGCGUCUGGCAGCAUGAUCGCGUAGAGAUCAUCGCCAACGACCAGGGUAAUCGUACGACGCCGUCCUAUGUGGCUUUCACCGACACGGAGCGAUUGAUUGGCGAUGCUGCGAAGAACCAGGCGGCCAUGAAUCCGGCAAACACGGUGUUCGAUGCGAAACGGCUGAUCGGGCGCAAGGKGAGCGACCCGUCUGUGCAAGCGGACAUGAAGCUGUGGCCUUUCAAGGUGGUGGCCGGCAGCGGGGACAAGCCCAUGAUCAGCAUCGGCUACAAGGGAGAGUCCAAGCAGUUCGCCCCCGAGGAGAUAUCGUCGAUGGUGCUGACGAAGAUGAAGGAGACCGCCGAGUCGUACCUGGGGAAGGAGGUGGGGAACGCGGUGAUCACGGUGCCGGCGUACUUCAACGACUCGCAGCGGCAGGCGACCAAGGACGCGGGCGCCAUAGCGGGGCUGAACGUGCUGCGGAUCAUCAAUGAGCCGACGGCGGCAGCCAUCGCGUACGGGCUGGACAAGAAGGACAAGGCGGGCGGGGAGGCGAACGUGAUGAUCUUCGACCUGGGAGGCGGGACGUUCGACGUGUCGCUGCUGACGAUCGAGGACGGCAUUUUCGAGGAAAACGUUGUUAUUGUUAUUAGCACUUGCGGGGUGCGUUUGAGACACUCUUGCGUCGGAGGGGUUUGGGUUGGGCUGUUCACAGAGUGGUAGGUAGGUAGGUAGGUAGGGAAAGGGAGACGACGGAGAUGUGGAGGGAGAGAGAGACAUCUAACAAUGUGCUUGGAGGUCUGGUUUUGGCGAUCGCUGGCACCGCCCGUAGWGUAAUUGGCCACGUCGGCGAGGUCUGGUUGUGGCGAUCGCGACGUCGGCGACGCGGCUAUGCUCAAGACGCAUCGCUGUUCGUUUGGGCGAUGAUUUACAAUCGCGAUCAAACACACUGCUGGUGGGUCGUACGCCACCAUAUCGAGCGGCUGUUUUUUCUGUUGAAACCAGAUCGAGGGAGGGAUUCUAGCGGGAGAAAUUGGCGGCAAAUCUAAAGGGGGAAUUGCGAGCAUCUUAAUUCUUCAACUGGUAUCGAAUGGAGUGCAGGCAGGUGAUCGUUGAGACAGGAGGAUCGUUGGUAGAUUUGCGCCGAGGAAAGAAAGCAGUGGCAAGAGGUGCAUUUGUAAGUUUGUAAUUAUUAUGACUAUCAUUCAAUUUGGCAAAGCCCUCAAUGUGCAGGGCUGCGAUGAUGGGUCUGAUUCUAUCUGCUUGCCUCAAUGUGCGGGGCUGUGAUGAUGGGUGUGGUUCUAUCUGCUUUCAUCUUUUGUCCUCUUUUACUCUUUCGUUUUUUUUCUCCUUMUCUCCUUCUCUCUUUCUCUCUCUCUUUCCUUUGCUCCUUCCCCCUACGCCUGAGUCGUAACCGCUAAUAAAGAAAUGGCACCACGACAUUCCGCGGCAUUUUCGUUGAAGAGGGGCGGAGAAGAGAAAUGAUUUGUACAUAUGGCGGCAGUCGGAUUGUGUUUUCUGCGUUACUCUGCGAUCAGCCGGGUUGAAGGUCACUCCUUAUUGUUGAGUCGGUUGAUUGUGAACAGUAGUUAAAAAGUGGUGGCGAUUGACGACAAAUCAGUCAUUUCACAUCCAUCCAUGCUGAUUGAACUUAACGCCGCGGUGAAAUUCCUGUGGGGCGGAAGGCUGCGCAGGCUCGCACGACUGAGCAUUCGUUCUCGACUGUGCGUACAUCGCGCUGUACAUAACUCUUCGGAGCUGCUCGACGAUCCGCCGUGGUUCGGUUUCAGAYCUGCAUAGCAUGCGCCUCAUAAACCCUCUUGUGAAUAGGUACAAAGAUGGCCUCCCAUUUCCUCAGCUACGCUCUCCAGGAGUGAUCAGCUCCCUUUGCGGCAAGGAUAAUGAGCUUUGUCGAGAAGCGGUGUGUGGCGCUGYUGCCGGAAUCUGUGGAGGAUUGCGGAGGUCGUCCCUUGGAUGUGAAGUAGGCAGAAUGCACAUGCCUGCACGUGACAGAUUUCAACGCAAUGUAAUGUGUACUCACUAAUCAACUGAACGAGGCACAUGAUUAUGCCGCCGAGCUAACCCCACACGACAGGACGCAGGGACAAGUUUUCGGAUCCUCAUUGGAAGGCAUGGUUUACUUCACGAUGCUGUAUGCAAAGGAAAGUGAUCCCUCCAUAUUCAAAGGAAAAGCAGCUGCAGGCUGUGCAAAUGCACAGAAGACGCGCUAUACACAGAGAAUUGGGGUAGAGCUUGGAAAAGAUAAUGCUAGAUGUGAGGGCACGCAGAGAAUUGGGGUAGAGCUUGAAAAAGAUAAUACUAGUUGUGAGGGGGUUGCCACGUGGCAUCUCAUUCAAGGGUAAGCCACAUGUCUUGCUUGAUAGGAGCUGCAUGAUUAGUGUCUGACUUUACUUCGGCGGUCAUACUACCAGCAAUCACCGUUUCUGGUCAUAUGCGGAUUCGGAGAUACCGGCGGUUGUUCAUCUUGGCGAUCUACGGCUACAGCGCAUCUUUUUUUUUCUUUUUUUUAAGGACUCAGGCUUGAUGUGGAGAACGGACAAUUGAGAGUUGUGACAGCGGGUCGGUCGGCAGAUAGGCAAGAUGUAAAUAACUGCAAUUGUCUAGAGGCGGCGGGUUUCUAUCUUUGUGACUAAAAGA